UUGAGAGACGAACCAGAAGACCGAAGCCCCUUGAAAGAGCUUCUGCUCAAGAUCAUCCUAGUUUUGAAGGAAAUAGUGCAGAAGGAGGUUUUUCCACGUGACUGGCUCGUCAUGAGCAUGGCGAAAAACGAGAUUGUGUUGGCUGUUACGAAACAAAUAGCAGCUCCUCUGCAAAAAUUCUUCCUUCAGAGCUCGAGUUUCAGUGGUCAAUUGUGGAUCAACUACUUCAACUUGUGCGUCACGUUCAUUACGCAACCGGAAUUGCAAGUGGAACAAUUUUCCGCAGUCAGACGCACGAAAGUUUUGCGUUCUGGGGACAUGAGACUCGCUAUGGGUGCCCAUGUCAUGUGCAUGUGGGCCGUGUUGGGAAAUGAGGAUCGACUGGGGAUUAUUCCGGCGCUCGUAGGACCUUUUCUGGACAUGACUCUGGUUGCUCAGCCGCUUUUGAGGAAGAGGACUAUCCCAAUUUUCUUUCAAAUCAUGGAAACCGAGUUGUUUUCGAAAGGCAAUUUCAAACAGGUUGAAAGUGAAUUGAUUGAUAAACUGGACAUCUUCAUAUCUGACGGGAAGGGCGACGAGAACUACGUUCAAAUGUUCCAAGAAAUUUUGAGCGAGAAAGUUGGCGAAAGUCUGUGGGUCGGUUAUGGAGAAUGGAACGGCUGCGCCCUGGGCUUCAUCAAGUCAGUCACGGACUUGUUGGAACGUUUAUUGGACUACCGACGCGUGAACCGAGGCCGUGAGAAACACACUGAGAAGUCCAAGAUGUGCAUCGUGAACCUCCUCGGAUUCUACAAGGAUAUCAAAAGGGAAGAACUGUAUCUCCGCUACGUUUACAAGUUGCACCGGCUGCAUUUGGAAGGAAAGUUGUACACCGAGGCUGCGUACGCGCUCAAGUUGCAUGCGGACUUGCUGGCCUGGUCCCCACGAAUGCUGCAUUCGGACGACUUGUAUUCUGCCCAGGCUGAGUGGAAACGGAAAGAAACGCUAUAUUUGCUGAUGAUCACGUAUUUUGAUCUCGGUGGGUGCUGGGAGAAGUGCAUCCCGUUAUGCAAAGAGCUGGCAGUUUUGUAUGAAUCCAGGGUAUUCGACUUCACGAAACUGAGUGAGAUUCACACCAGACUUGCUCAGUUCUAUGACAGCAUUCUGACGAAGCUUCGUCUGGGGGCCGAAUAUUUUCGCGUUGGAUUCUAUGGCUCUGGAUGCCCUAUAUUUUUACGGAAUAAAGAAUUCGUGAUGAAAGGAUCCGAAUGUGAGAGGGUGGGAGAUUUCACUUCGCGUCUGCAGCUUGAAUUCCCGGAAGCACGUUUGAUGGUGAGAAAUACGCCGCCUGAUGAAUCUGCGAGGAGUGCAGACGGGCAGUUUAUACAGGUGUGUUGUGUGCGACCAGUGGCCAGGGACAAAAGAGCGGACAAAAGCGUGCCUGAAGACCUCGUGGAUCCUGCGAAAAUAUCCGAUAAAAUUUUGAGCUUUUACGAAUACAACGACGUGUCGACAUUCCGAUACGACAGACCGAUUGUUGCUCCUGGAAGCGAGACUUGCGACAAUGAAUUCAAGAACCGUUGGAUUGAGAGGACAACUUUGAAGACCGAGCAUUCUUUGCCCGGAAUUUUGACUGGCUUCGUGGUAGUGCAUAGAAAAACCGAAAUGAUCACGCCUAUUGAUUAUGCGAGCGAGACCCUGGCGACAACCAACAAGGAGCUGAAGAGUUUGAUGGCGGCUUAUGAGGAAGACCCGAAGAAGAACCUGAAUCCACUCACCAUGCGUCUUACUGGAAUAAUUGAUGCAGCAGUAAUGGGUGGCUUACCCAAGUAUCAAGAAGCCUUCUUAUCCGGGGAACAAUCCGAGUAUUCCGCAGAGUCCGUAUCAAGGUUGAAAGCUUUUAUCCAGGAUCAAUUGAAUGCGACCGCGGUUGCCCUGAGUUUGCAUGCGAAAUUAGUCCCUGCGGAAAUGAUUCCGUUGCAAGAGCGAUUGGUGAAGGCGUUUGGAGAGCUGGAGAAGAAGAUGAACUUCAGAUCACAAGCCGAUGCCGGCAGACUGGUGAAACAGAAGAGCAUGACGGAGCGGAUCGGAAUGAAGCCUGUUGGCGCGAGACGGGCCAGGUCUGAGGCUGGCGAACUGGGCAGGAAACCCAGUAUUGUCAACACGCCUCUACCGCCGAUUCCCCUUGCAGAAAGCAUUAGUUUGCUGUGUACUGGCCAACUGCGGAUGAGCAGUAAGGUGGACGAGGAAGAAGAGGACAAAAUUUACUGCAAGCCAUCUGAAUGGAGAGACGAGGAUGAAGGUUUUGACGCGGCAAUGGAAUAUGCAGAACCGUUGGCAAACGAGCAGUAUUACACAGGAGUUGAGGAGUUUUCGAAUAGUCAUAUGCGAUGGAGUGGAAGAUCCACUGGCUCGACCGGAUCUUUCAGCAUACCAAAGGAAAGCACGCGGUUCUCGCAUCCGGAAAUCCGGGCCACCAGGCUGCAGUUUGACGACUCCAAGCAAAGGUCCGUGUCGGGAAAUAAUGUUUCGAAUGUCUACAAGUUCGUUUCGGAUCCCCCGAAGAGUUCUACUAGUCCUGGGCCACCUGUCCCUCCCCGAGCUAAAAUUCCUCAAGCACCGGAUGCGCCUCCUUUGCCUCCCAGGGCACCGACAAUCUAUAGCAAAUCGCCGCAAGGUGCACCGCCGCCGCAAGAUCUUCCUCCGCCACUUCCUCGACGCGGGGUGUCACAGGGGUCGCCAUCCAUGUCGUUCUGUGCGGAUGACGAAGCUCCGCCAUUGCCGCCGAAAGUGCAGCCCCUGUCGACAGCCAAUUUGCUCAACGUGUCGACGAGUAGUGUCGAAUCGGGCGACAUCUCUCCGUUGCGGCCCAACUACUGCGUUCCGCCGCCGAUGCAAAAGGCGAAUGGUAAUGCCAAUAUUUUGGAGUGAGGCCAUUUAAGUGAGGAAGAUUCUCAAAUAUUGUGUGCAAAUGCGCAUGAUGUAUUUCUAGUUUGAGUCGAGGUAUUCGGAAAUGCUGGACUGAAUUACUAGUAUUCAGAGUCACUGUAUUUACGACGAUACUUAGCUUAUUUUAUUUUUCUGAAUGCUGACGACAUUUUUUUUUUUCUGCGCGUUUGUAAAUUUCAAUGGAAAACGUAGAAUUCUCCGACAUGCAAUACAGGAGUGGGGGUUGAAACUAGUUUUUAUCUAAGACUAGUCAAGAGAGCAGCAAAGGAUUCUCUGUGGCAUCGAUUUUCGGGGAGUGCCAUGUGGUGAGAAGGACGAAAGGAGGACCAAACUGUUCCUGGCUUGGGGCAAUGGCAAAUUCUAUCUUCAGAAAUUCUUUUUGGGAUUCAAAAUAAAAAGAUAAAAUAAUAUCAGGAAUUUUAGAAGUACAGUACUGUUGUGCCAUUUUUUUGGAACGUGACAGCUUUUUCAUUCCUGACCGCACGGCUUUUCGACAAAAUCUACUUAUGCAUUUUUAAGCUUUUAUUAUAAAAUAUGUUCAAAAGAAUGUGCUACUUAUUGACAUACUCAUUUGCUUAUCGCCCCUGGAAAUUUUGGUUCAAGGUGCUUUUUUUUUAAAUGAACGAGUGUAAUUCGUGGAAAAAUUAGUCUACGAGGUUCCACUUGAGUUUGUGUGAGCUUAUUAACCGUUUGUUCCGUGCUUCGCCAAAAAUGCCCGAAACUCCAGUCACAGGACCUGAGCUGCUUGUUUAUGUGUUUGUCGAAAAGUAACCUUUAUGUUCAAAUCUGGGGCAUGUUGAGUCUGGGGAAGGAAUUGUUUUUGAAUAUUGUGGUUGAUCAAAUGGUUUUUUUUUCCGAGAGAGAACAAGAAGUUGAUUUUGUUUUGGGUUCGAAAGAAAAGUGCUUGUCAUUGAAUCUUACCAGGGGAUCAGGAAAUGUUUUGAGUAUUAGCCGAAAUUUUUAUUUUUGUUGAGAAGGUCUUUUAGUUUUGCUCAAUUUUUCAGAAGCGAUUUCGUCAGGCUUUUAAAUAUCGCAUGAUAUGUGAAGAAGUUUUUACCUCAAAAUUUUCUCGAAAGAAUUUAAUCUUUUACAAAAAUAUUUCCCGUGAAUCCGCUCCGCUGCAAUUUUCCUCGGGGAGCAACUUUUUCAAUUCGAGGAACAUUUAAAUGCUUCCGCUUUUUCCUAAAUCGUGAUUGAAAACUUUCCGCAAGCUUUCGAUGGACAAUCUGUCAAUUUUCUUUCAUGCUCUCACCGCUGUUUCAGGCGGAAAUCGUAUUUCGGGUAGUGUUGAAAGGAAAAAGAAAAACGUGUGCUUCUUCUGCAUUGUGAUCGUUCUGGGGAACCACAAAAGAAUGCUCAUUGAUUUUUUUUUUUUUUUUAAGGUAUCAAAUCGGGAUUACUUUUUUCUGACUUUUUCGAAAGGAAAUUUUUCAUGGCAUUAUGCGUUUUAAACGUUGUAUGUGUGUUUGGGUGUUCGUGUCUGGCGGAGUUUCAAAGUAAAGGAUUUUGUACUGGUCGUGAUUAUUUA